GUUCCUUGUAAGGCCUGAAAGAUUGUUUAGCGACAGCCCGCUUUUUGCACGCAGCUGCUCAAUUGAGCGUGAGUUCUCAAUUGUACACUCUCCCUAAAUGCUUUAGUAUAUAUAUAUAUAUAUAUAUAUAUAUAUAUAUUUACUUCUCUUCUACGACAGCCUUGGCGACGACACUUUCGGCAUAGGAUUCACGGCGGCGAGCCCCCGCGACUUGGCACAAGGCAGGAGUCGUUUAUAGCCAACAUGAGCGCAAGGUCGGGAGCUCGAAGUGCUCGGAUUGGUCCGGUUGACCGCGGCACCUCCAGCGGCGGGCGACCAGCGUUCCCGCAUGGCCCCUCCAGCGCGGCCCGCAGCUGGCGUGCUACCGCUACUACAACAGGUGGCAGUGACGGCUGCAGCACCAGUGGCAGGGUUUCAACCCGCAUGAGCACGAGCGCCGGUGCUCACCAGGCGUCCAGCUGGUCCCCGGCCCGCGCUGGCGCCGCACGGUCCCGGGGACUGCAGCACGUAGUCGUGCCAGCCGCGGCCGCAACUCCUGACCCCCUCAGCAACCGCACCCUGUUUGCAGCUGCCACACAACCACCUUCACGUCGCAGCCUUCAGUGUCAUGCAGCUUCAGGCAGCUCCUCCCAACCACAGGCCUCCGCCUCUGCUGCAGCCGCCGCCGCCGCCGCAGCUGCGGCGGCGGAGCUGUCUGCGCGCAUCACCUCGCCCGCGCCCGACCUGGCGGCGGCCAUGGACCGCCUGGCGCUGACGGACAGCUUCCGGCAGCUGGCGGGGUUCCUGGAGGCCAACAGCCAGCUGUUCGCGGGGCCGGAGGUGGUGGCUGUGGCGCUGCAGGCCGCCAACGUGUCUGAGCUGUCCACGCGGCGCCGCAUGGUGGCGACCAUGGAGAUCGUGCAGCGCCGGGCGGCGGAGGUGGAGGCGCAGGGAGGGCAGCUCACGCAGGAGGUGCUGCUGGGCGCGCUGGACGAGCUGGUCGGCUCCUCGCUCACCGCCGCCGCCUCAGCAGCAGCCAGCGGCCGCGGCCUGCAGCAGCCGGACCCUGCGGCUGCAGCGGCCGGGCAGCAGGGUGAGGUGGUGGCGGAGCUGGAUGCGUCCGAGGCGAUUGCGGCAUGGCUGCUGCCCAACGUCGCGCGCCACAUCAAGCGCUACCCGCCUGACGUGGUGGCGGCUCUGGUGGCGGCGCUGGCGCAGCUGGACGCGUACGACAAGCGGCUGAUGGAGGCGGUGGCGGCGGCGGUGGCGGCGGACCCAGCCGGCUGGCUGCGCCGCGCGGCGGAGGGCGGCAUGGCGCAGGCGGCGGCGGCGGCGGCGGUGGCGGGCGGCGGCGGCGCGGGCGGGCAGGGCAUGGCGCCUGGCCCGGCGACGGAUGAGCGCAAGUGGUCGGUGCUGCUGACGCUGGCGCGCGGCUUUGCGCAGUUGGGGCACUACGACCCCCACCUCAUGCGCGGCCUGGCGGAGCAGGCUGUGGCGAUGAUGCCCGACCUGGCGGAGCGCGCGGAGCGGGCCGACUUCACAGCCCCCGCCGCCUCCACCACCACCGCCGCAACGCCCACCUCCACCACCACCGCCGCCGCAACUCCCACCAGUGCCGCGGCGGACGGCGAGGGGCUCACCGCCGCCGCAUCGCCAGUGCCAACACCAGCGGCAGCCGACGCGGCAACCGCUGCAGCAGUGUCAGUGGACAGCUCCGCCACGGACUGCCUGGUGGGGCUGCUGGGCGCCUUCCUGGAGCUCAACCACCUGGAGCCGGAGCUGAUGCAGGCCGCCGGCGAGCACCUUGCCUCCUUCCGCCACCAGCUGGACGCCGAGGCCGCCGCCACCGCGCUGCACGCCUUCGCCGCCUUGGGCGCGCGCAACCCGCCCUUCUACGACCUGCUGCUGCGCCGCCUGCUCACCACGCCCCGGCCCGACCGCGUCACGCCGCAGACCGCAGGCGCGCUGUACAGGGCCUGUGUGCUGAUGGCGGGGAUGGGCGACGUGCCGCCGCUGCAGCGCGGAGCUCUGGAGCCCGUGGCGGCUGCGGAAGAGGACGAGGAGGAGGAGGCGCGUGCGGCGGCGGAGCAGCGCCACGCGGCGGCGGCGGCACUGUCGGCGCUGCUGGCCGGCUACCGCGCGGCGUUCCCCGUGACGGAGAUGCGGGCGGCGCACCUGGCGCGGCCCAGUCCGGAGCAGAUUGAGGGCGCGUCAGAUGAGCUGCUGGAUGCGUGGCGGUCCACCGGACUGCUGGCCGUGCCACAGGUGCUGGCCUGCCUGGACAGCCUGGGCGAUGUGGUGGUGCUGCCGCCACAGGUGCUCACACCAGCCUCCACAGCCGCCGCGCAGGCAGCGCUGGAGGCCGCAGAGCGGGAGGUGGCACGCCGCGAGGUGGAGGAGGCCGCUGGGCGGCGCCAGCCGCAGCAGCAGCCCCAAGAGCAGCCAAGCUCUGUGCCGGUGCCUGCGGCCAGUGUGGUGGGCGGCGAGGAGGCGGUCGAGCUGCUGCAGCCGGAUGCGCUGGUGGCGUACGAGUACGCAGGCUCAGGAGGCGGCGGCGCCGGUGCCGGUGAUGACGGCGACUUGCGGGUGGUGCGUGUGGCGGUCAAGGUGCUGGAUGAGCGCCUGCACUGCUGCCUCAACUUUGACGACGAAGGCCUGCAGCAGGAUGUCGGAAAGAAGCAGGAGAAGCAGGCGACGACGUCGGGUGUCGAGGAGGACCCUGUGGCUGGGCUGAGGUUGCGGCUGCGUGGGCCGGCGCUGGCAGAGCUGCGAUGCCUGGAGAGCUGGGGUUGGCGGCCGCUGGUUGUGCCGCUGGGGCGCUGGGUGGCGCUGGGCGCGGCGGGCGGCGCGGCGGCGCAUGAGCGCUGGCUGGAGGCGCGGCUGCGGCAGGUGGCGGCGCGGGAGGGGCCCAUGGGGGUGGAGAUUGAGCUGUGAGGGAGGGGGGGUGCGUCGCUGCUUUGCAGCAUGAAAGAGCGUAUGGCAUUGUAACGUGCACGAUUUGAAGUGAGAACGCGUGGAUCGGUGUUUGGGCUGGCGGGAGCGGGCAUUCAAGGACCGGUACGCAAGUGCCAGCUUGGACCUGUGCGGCCUGUGCAGUUCCUGCAUGCCUGCCAAACAACCCCUGGAUAAGACCGUGUAAUCGUGUAACCCAAUAUUUGG